CAUAUUUUAUUCUGCUUUUGGAAUGAAUCUAAAAAAAUAUAAUGUUGGCGCCUUGAAAUACGUGCGCCCCAAAUUUAUAUCAACUUUAUCUGGGAAUGUAUUAUUCUCGCCGUCGAUUCCAAAUGAAAUUAUUGCAGAUGCGGAUACCACAAGAUUUGAUAAAUCUGGCUUGAGGAGAGAUCACAGAAAUGUGCUUUCUAAAGCAGUUCCUUACAAAACACCUCACACUUGGAUACACGCAACAGAAAAAUAUCAGAGAAAACUAUAUGGCUUAUACGGGAACAAUAGUAAUGUUGAUCCGAAAAUUUGCUUUGAUUCGGUCAUCGACAGAGCAAAAUUGGAUAAAUUGGACCGGAUUGCGCAACCUUAUAACUUACAGCAACUGCGAGAAAUUGUUAAUACCCAAGAAGCUAAUAAACUAGAAUUAAUAAAAGCCCGUGAAAACGGACUACGUAUUAAAUUAAAUAAACUGGAACAGUGGAAAUCUGAGUUAACUACAAAAAUAGCAAAGCGAGAAGCUGCAGCUCAAGAAGCGAAAGAACGGAAGGAGCGAAUGGUGGAAGAGGUGCGAAGGCAUUUUGGAUUUAAAGUAGAUCCCCGCGAUGAACGAUUUAAGGAAAUGCUGCAGUUAAAGGAGAAGGAAGGCAAACGUAAAGACAAAGAAGCUAAACGAAAGGCUAAGGAGGAUAUGAUGGUAGCAAAACUAGUCGAAAAAAUGCCUUAAAUGAUAAACUUGUAAACUCUAUUAUAUACUUUUCGUCUAUAAACUUUUACGGAACUGUA